AGCUUAGUAGCGCCAGCCGCUCUGAUCCCACAGCGGUCUUUUUGGUAAAUGCUGUACAAUUAUUUCUUGGUUAGAACCUGAUCAUGGCGUUGGUCUCUGCGCGUACCAUUUUCUGCCCCGCUUUGAGGCACACAAUUAAACAGAUUGUAUUGAGUCGUCAGCUGACACCACACAGACAUGGGCGACUUAGCACGAGACUCUUACUGCCUACAGUAACAGCUCAAAGAUUUUAUGCAGAAAAGAAAGUAUUUCUUAGAGAUAAACCUCACUGCAAUGUCGGUACUAUCGGUCAUGUUGAUCAUGGAAAAACAACACUUACCGCAGCUAUUACUAGAGUACUUGCCGAUAAGGAAAUGGCACAGGCUAAGGGAUACAAUGAAAUUGACAAUGCACCCGAGGAAAAAGCUCGUGGUAUCACCAUAAAUGUAGCACAUAUUGAAUACCAAACUGAAAAUCGUCAUUAUGGACAUACGGAUUGUCCUGGACAUGCAGAUUACAUAAAAAACAUGAUCACGGGAACUGCACAAAUGGAUGGUGCUAUUCUAGUCGUCGCGGCUACUGAUGGGGCUAUGCCACAAACAAGAGAGCAUUUGCUCUUGGCAAAACAAAUCGGUAUCAAUCAUGUCGUUGUUUUCAUCAACAAGGUCGAUGCAGCUGAUACUGAAAUGGCAGAGCUAGUAGAGAUAGAGAUUCGUGAACUGAUGACCGAGAUGGGUUAUGAUGGGGAAAAUGCACCAGUUAUCUUGGGUAGUGCUCUCUGUGCUUUAGAAGGAAGAAAUCCUGAGAUAGGCUCAGAAGCAAUUCUUAAGCUGCUAGCAGAGGUGGACAAACACAUUCCUACUCCUGUUCGCGAACUUGAUAAGCCCUUCUUGCUGCCUGUAGAAAGUGUUUACUCUAUUCCUGGUAGAGGAACAGUAGUAACGGGUAGGUUGGAGCGUGGUAGACUGAAGAAAGGUAUGGAAUGCGAGUUUGUUGGCUACGGCAAAAGCAUGAAAAGUACCGUAACCGGAGUGGAAAUGUUCAAACAAAUAUUGGAAGAGGCUCAGGCUGGUGAUCAGCUCGGAGCUCUGAUUAGAAAUAUUAAGAGGGAGGAGAUUAAGAGAGGCAUGGUCCUCUGCAAGCCCGGAACUGUACAACCACAGGAUAAUAUAGAAGCACAAGUCUAUAUUCUCAGCAAGGAAGAAGGAGGUAGAAGUAAACCCCUAUUGAAAUACAUGCAACUCCAGAUGUUUUCGAGAACGUGGGACUGUGCAGCCCAAGUAUCUAUACCCGAAAAAGACAUGGUCAUGCCUGGAGAAGACAGCAAGUUAAACCUAAAACUUCUCAAGCCAAUGGUCUGUGAAAAAGGUCAGAGAUUUACAAUACGUGAUGGCAACAUGACUCUUGGCACAGGUGUAAUCACUAAUGUAUUGCCGUGUCUAACUGAAACUGAAAGAUUAGGGCUAAUGGAAGGAAAGAAAGCUCGCCAAAAGCGAGAGGGCCAAAAGUGAUUUCUCAAAGGAUGUAUGCUAUAACUUCACUUUCGCAUUCAGGCUAUCAUUCGACAGAAUAAAAGGAAAGUCCUGGAGAUAUGAGGGCUGAGCAGGAACUUCCCCAGAAACAGAGAAAUACAGGAAACAAAUUUAGUCUGGUAUUAUUUUUUACCACAGUUCUAUCACUGAUCCCUUGCAUACCAUCUACAUUUACAAAACAAUUUUAUUGAUACAUAAUACAGUGAAGAAAAUUAAAAUUCUUUCGCCUUUCAAAUUGCAUUUUUAACGAUAACCUUUUAGAAUAGUAUCAGUAUAAUUGUCAUUUACUUUAGUUUUCUGUGAGUUGAAUUAAACAACUAAAUGUA